AUGGGCACAGCGAGGCCAAUCGUUGAGACCAGCUAUCGCCCUCUGAGUAUUUUCCUGCUGGAAUCGUUACGUAUUUGUGCCUUCUGCGUCGACUCUAACUCCAUUUUUCAGUUCGGAAAGCCGUGUUCGUCGUCAUUUCAGUGUUGGAGGACAGAGCCGAUUUUGGACGACGGGUUACCAAUCUCCAUUGAACGAACGAAACGGCUUGAAAUAGCGUCGAAAACUCGAGGAGGUGAGUUAAAAAAGUUGUUUGAAUUGAACAGGCUGGGCUAA